UGUUUUAAGAGGAGGGUGAGUUUAGGGAAAGACGGAGCCACCCUGUCAAUCACAAUUAAGGAACCAUGGGAGUAAACUGGUAGGGAAGCUCGGCGGAACCACUGUGUUUACGGUGAAGAUUGUUUUAAAUCUGCGGCUCAGUUGAAAAAAACAAAAAAACAACAAAAAAAACUAUGCACCGGUACACUGUGGGACGUUUACAUCUGAUCUCGCCAACUGGGAAUUUCCUCCACUUUUGUCGGGAAUUAGCAUGAAGCUUUAUAUAUAAAACAACAAAAACUUAGCGACACUCAGUUGCCUGCGCCUGUUUUUUCUUUUUGCCUUCCAGCUUGAACGAAACACACAAGUCAGCGUUGAUAUUUGUACAAAAGGCGGCGCCGCGGAGGUUUAUAUUCAGUCCAAGCUCAGGAUAUACUCGUUUAUUUGUCUACAACUCGUGGAAAAUCUGCUCCGGGCUUUUUCAGAGGACUGCCUUGUCGGUGAGGCGACUUUCGAAGGAGUGACGGUAUAAGGAGACACUCCCAAAAAAAACACACACACACACACACUCAAAACGAAGCCAAACACGAAUCUCCGUUUAAACUCCAGGGAGAGCAAGAAAGGAGCAGCAGAUAUGAGUGGGGGAGAUGUGGUGUGCUCGGGCUGGCUUAGAAAGUCUCCCCCAGAAAAAAAGUUGAGACGUUACGCAUGGAAGAAGCGGUGGUUUAUUCUUCGCAGUGGCCGUCUGACAGGCGACCCAGACGUGUUGGAGUACUACAAGAAUGACCAUGCCAAGAAGCCCAUCCGCGUGAUUGAUCUCAACUUGUGUGAGCAGGUGGACGCUGGGCUGACGUUCAACAAGAAGGACUUGGAGCACAGCUUCAUAUUCGACAUCAAGACCAUUGACCGUGUCUUCUACCUGGUGGCUGACACUGAAGAGGAGAUGAAUAAGUGGGUUCGCUGCAUCUGUGACAUCUGUGGUUUUAACCCCACUGAUGACGAGGCAGCAAAAGCUGCUCACCAGUCAGCCAUCGGAAACCUGGUGGUGGACACACCCCCACACCCAGCACUUGGUAAUAUUGUUGGUCCAGCAGCAAUGUUGUCCAGCGUGCCCCCUCCGUACCAGCCAGUCAGUGUGCGACAUCUGGACUCUCAGUCCAGUUCAGAGGAGCCCCAGGAUUACUUGUGGCUGGUAAACUGUGAGAGCAAAAAGCCUGAACCCAACAGAGCUCAUGCUGAGUGUUCCAAGUCUACCUCUUCAGAGACAGACCUGAAUGACAACCUCCCCUCUCACCGCACACCCACGUCCUCCACCUCCUCGGCUAAACACACCUCGCACAACGGCUUCUUCCCACAGCACCCGGCCCCUGCCUCCGCCUCUUCCAUCUACGACUCGCCACCAUCGCGGGGCGCCUCGCUCUUAAAUGACAACGGCCUCUACCACCUCCCUCGCAGCUACUCUCAGGACACUGUGCUGCUCCCUAAGUCAGCCUCCUCCCCGUCGGCUCAUCCGGACAGUGGGGAUGCCUCUGAGCUCUAUGUCUUCAACACGCCAUCACGGAAGCCCUCAAUGGAGACACAAAUGCGCAACCUUUCCAUCAGUUAUGAUAUCCCACCUACACCUGGCGCAAACUGUACUUACCAGGUGCCCCGUACGUUGUCGUCGUCAGGGGUAGGAGGCUCAGAGGGUGGGGGAGAUGUAGUGCCCCCUCCCAGACCACCCAAACCUUUGCUCAGUUCCACCUCAGGACCCCCUCCACCUCCCGCUGAGCGCUCACCUACGGACACUUAUCAUGUGCCCCGCUCAGCCUCAGAGACGGACGGAAACUACUGUGUGCCUACCAGUGCCGGGAAUAAAGCAUUACGAAGCAACACGAUUGGCACUGUGGACUGUUCACGCCUCCGCAAAGAUUUUGGAUCCCAGGACUGCUAUGACAUUCCCAGAUCAUUCCCUUCUGACAAAAGCUGCUCGUUUGACUUCAAUGAAAGCUUCAACAGCUACUUCAAAAACAAAGGAAUGAUGCCAGUAGGUAGCCAGUCCACAGAAGAGGUAGACCAGAACUAUGUCCCCAUGAGUGCCAACUCCCCAUCACAUCAUCACUCGGGCAGUUUGUCUGAGCCCAUGCAUGAACCCAACUAUGUGCCCAUGACCCCGAGCACCAUGGAGUUCUCCUCUCUUGGAAAGCAAGUCCCCCCGCCUGCCCACAUGGGCUUCCGCUCUAGUCCCAAGACCCCUCCUCGCAGGCCAAUGCCUAGUGACUGCCAGCCCCCGCCUGUGGACCGAAAUCUCAAACCAGAUCGCAAAGGUCAGAGUCCUAAAAUAAUAAGAGCAAAAGGUGUUGGUUUAGAGCGAACCGACUCUCAAACCGUAGGUGAAUUCCCGAGGGGACGACGCAAGGGAAAACCUGCCCCAUUGGAGAUUAAACCACUGCCAGAAUGGGAGGAGCCCUGUACGCCUGUCCGCUCGCCUGUCACACGGUCAUUCGCUCGGGAUCUCUCUAGGUUUCCAAUGCCAACGAGACCCCCGUCAGUGCAUAGCACGGCCUCCAGCACUGACUCCGAGGACUGUGAUGAGAAUUAUGUAGCCAUGCUCUCUAAUAUGUCAUCAGAUGAACCAAACAUGAAGCUUGGUCCGCCCAUGACCGCGGAUGGAGGGAGCAGCCCGAUGGUGAAGCCGAAAGGAGACAAACAGGUGGAGUACCUGGAUUUGGAUCUUGACUCUGGCAAGUCUACCCCACCUAGGAAGAUGAAAAGCAAUGGAACUGGCAUGGCAGCAUCAGAUGAGCGUGUCGACUACGUGGUUGUGGACCAGCAACGGACGCAGGCCCUCAAGAGCACCCGGGAGGCCUGGAACGAUGGCCGCCAAUCCACAGAGACAGACACACCUUCCAAAGGACCCAAGUGACCAUGUUGUCCCAACCACCCACCCUCCAAACCCCCAAACCACUGGGCCUUUUACACUGUUGUACUGUAGGCUCUGGUUUGUGCUUUGGGACGGUACAGGUGUUAUGUUCCACCUCAAUGAGAUCCUUAGUGUGUAGGGUUCAGUGGAGCUCCAUAGCCACUCAACCGUCUUUACUUUGCACUGCUGUCAGGCCUUAGACAGCACUGUGUGUACAGUUGUAGGAAAGGGUGUGGGCCAGGAAUAAGCUGUAUGCAGUAUGAAAGCAGGUGGAAUGACUGGACCUGUCUUCGGGGUUUGACUUAAGCAGACUCAUGAACUUUGAACAUUCACUGCCCCCUAUAUUGGAUUCGAUUUUGUUCCCUAUUUUGUUUAUCUUCCAGCGGCCUGUGGGUUGAUCCAGAGUUAACAUUUCCUUAAAUUAUAAUGCCGUUUGAUGUUGUUUUGGAGUGUAAGUGAAAUCACAUUAACAUGAUCACAAUACUUUGUCAUUGCGACACUUUACUAGUUAGCACAGCUGGUUAACAGUGUUGAUUUCUCAAUAUCUCCUCUUUGAGCAGCAUGAAGUUUUCUAUGGUCACUGAUCACAGGUCAGUUUUACAAUUUCUUCACUAAUGACAGAAGUUAUGGUGGAUGGCUGAAACUGACCCUGAUUUUUUACCCAAGGCAUACUUUAAACUGGAUCCCUAUACGACAAAAUUUCAUGGUGAAUCUUUUUUUUUUUUUUCAAUGCAAAGGCAGUUGAACUUGUUCAUUUUACAUGUAACCAAGUGCUCAAUUCAAGCUUUGGAUUCACACAAGGUUUAAUCCACUGAACAUAAUUUGAUUCCCCACUUACUUUGUAAGUGGGGAUGCUUCAAUCUGUUAUAAUGGAAGUGCAAAGACUGUACAAAAGUGUUAUGUAUAUAUACAGGAAAAGUGUCCUUUAUUUGUAUGGAAUAUUCAGCGUGUUUGACUCGAAGGUAUGUGGAUUCUGCAGGGUAGAAUCCUGUGCCUGUCUUAGCUGGUAUCAGGACUUGUGAUUAAUGAAUGCAUUACUGUGAGUUUUUAAAAGAACGUGGCAGGUUUUCUAUAAGUUAUGCAAAGGUAUCAAACUUAGGCUAGAGAGAGAGAGAGCGAGAGAAAGAAAAUCAGGUACUCUUUGUAAAAAUGCAUACUAAUACAACUAUCCAUUUCUAAUUUAUUUCUCAAGAUAUUUCAUCAGGUGGAUGUCCUGUCCACUUUUAGCUCAGUAUUCUUGAAUCAUAUGGAUGAACAUUUGCUAAAGCCUGUUUAAAUGCUUAGUUUGGCAGGCUCUGGUCAGUUAGUUUCACAAGUUCAUUGAUAAUCCUUAUUUCCCUCUCCUCUUAGGUUUAAUUUAUUUCAAAUUGAACUGGCAUACAGUUUUGGGAAAUUGACUGCCUCGUGUAGUCAACUUGAUACAUCUUUUAUAGACGGUGAAAAAGUCUUUAUGUCUACAUAGAUCUUUGCUUUACUAACCUGUGAACUCUCACUCAGAAGUCCCAAGCAUGUGCUACCAUGAGAUGAAAUCAUUGCUGUACAUAUUUUGCCAUCAAUUAGAUUAACAUUUAUCUUUUGAAAAAUGUGCCUACUAAGUCAUCUGUACUCUAUUUCACUCUUUCCUUUUGCAGUUUCUUUGUGAUAUGGACUGCAAAGCUGAUGACGCUAUCUUUUUUUUUUAAUGAAUCUGGACAGAAAAUGUAAAUUUUAAAAGUGGACUAAAUAAAAUCCAGCCUCUUA